UGUCGUUUGGCCUAAGAAGAGACAUUUCAUGUCUGAUGCUUUAAAACUUUUGUAGGUGGUCUUCUGAUGCCAGUCGCUUGCUCAUGGCACUGUGCUCCAUCAGUGAAUAGUCCAAUAGGCGUGAAGCUCGGAAGCACUCCACGGCAGUCCAGAGAGACUCUAUCAACGCAAGACAGAGAGAGAGGCAAAACUGACAAUUAUCAGGACCCUCGAGCAGCGGACAGCAUGUUGUCCAGCCCGAUCCCUCCAAUGCAGUUCCCACACUUUGAGGAGAGUAGACAGAUGGCCACCCCUGGAUCUCGGGAGCAGGACAUAGACUCCCUUCAUGUCUCCAAAAGACACCGCAAACUGCUGAAAACAAGUCCUCCGAUCCAUCACACCAACAAAAAUGUUUCCUCGUCCUUUUCCUCUUCUUCCUCCUUAUUCUCAGUUUCCUCCUCUGCCUUAGGUUCUUUUUGCUCUGAGAGCUGGAAAAAGCUCUUCAAUAUCCUCGAAGCACGGCGGCAACUUAUGAAAGAGAUGUGUGCUAAGUACAAAAGCAGUAUCUCCAGAACCAUCACACGUCAUCAUGUGAAACACCUCUUCGUGGAGGACCGGUACAAGUUGUUGUACUGUCAGGUGCCCAAGGCGGGCUGUUCCAACUGGAAGAGGACCCUGAUGGUGCUGGCAGGCCAGGCCCCCAAUGCUCAGAGUAUUAAACAUGACACAGUCCACUAUGGCCACCAUCUCAAGAAACUUGACAGCUUUGACCGACAGGGAAUCAUGCACCGUCUGGAGACCUACACCAAAGUCAUGUUUGUCCGAGAGCCCUUGGAGAGAAUGGUGUCGGCUUACAGGGACAAGUUUGAAAAUCCCAACAACUACUACCACUCCCUGUUUGGGAAACCUAUCAUCUCAAAGUACAGGGUGAACGCGUCCUGGACAGCCCUGAAGACAGGUAGCGGGGUCACUUUCAAGGAGUUUGUCCAGUACUUGCUGGAUGUCCACCGGCCCGUGGGAAUGGACAUCCACUGGGAGCAGGCAAACCAGCUCUGCAACCCCUGUCUCAUAGACUAUGACUUCAUCGGCAAAUUUGAGAACAUGGAGGAAGAGUCCAACUUUCUUCUGCGAUUGACCGGGGCACCACCCAACCUCACUCUGCCCAGUUUUAAAGAUAGGAACCCAACUGAGAAGAGGACCUCUAUGCAGAUCACACAAAAAUACUUUUCACAGGUCAGCUUGUUGGAAAGACAGCGAGUCUAUGACUUCUAUUAUAUGGACUAUCUGAUGUUUAACUACUCCAAGCCUUUUAAAGAUUUAUAUUGACUGACUCCUGUCAAGACGCUUGAAUCACAGUCACAUUCCACUAUGUCUAUAUCUUUACCAUGACAGAAAUUUUAACAUAAAGAGGCUCACUUACAUGCUCACAUGGAUCUUUGCA